AGGGAGGCUGCUGUGUCCCCCGGAGCACCUGUAGUACAGCAGGGCCCAAGGAGCUGCAGUGCUCACCUAGCUGGAGCUUUGCACUCAAACCCACUCAAUUCCAACAGGAACUCGGGCUCCCGUCCCUUCCCUGCCUACUACCACCAGCAAGCCCACCACACUCGGUAGGAGCAGCUGCUCACUUUGCCAAGAUGUCCAAAGUAGCUAAGUAUCGGCGGCAGGUGAGUGAAGACCCCGACAUCGAUAGCCUGCUGUCCACCCUCUCCCCUGAAGAGAUGGAGGAGCUGGAGAAGGAACUAGAUGUGGUGGACCCAGACGGGAGCAUCCCGGUGGGGCUGCGGCAGAGGAAUCAAACGGACAAACAGCCCUCGGGCUCAUUCAACCGGGAAGCCAUGCUCAACUUCUGUGAAAAGGAGAGCAAGAAACUCAUCCAGAGAGAGAUGUCUGUGGAUGAAAGCAAGCAAGUGGGGAGGAAGACAGAUGCCAAGAAUGGAGAGGAGAAGGACAGCAAUGCCAGCAGAAAGGCCCCAGGCCCCAGACAGGACUCAGACCUGGGCAAGGAGCCGAAGAAGGGCGUUUUAAAGAAAAGCUUCUCCAGGGAUCGAGAGGAGGCCGAUGGCAGAGGGGGUGAGAAGCCCAAGGAGGAGAAAGUCAUCAGGGGCAUUGACAAAGGCAGGGUCAGGGCUGCCGUGGACAGGAAGGAGUCCGGGAAGGAUGGCAAAGAAGAAAGGGCAGCCGCCACCUCGAGAAAGGAGGAAGAGAAGACAGGAAGUGUCAGGAACUCAGGCCUGAGCAGAGACAAAGACAAGAAGAAAGAAGAGGUGAAGGAGCCCAGCAAGAAAGAGGAGGUGAAGCUGACAGCAGAGAGCAGAAACACAGUCGGGAGACAGGAGGACGGGAAGCUGAAAGAGUCAAGCGAGGAGAACAAGAAACCAGAGGACGAGGGCAUAGGCUCUGGGCGCAGAGACUGGAGAAAAGAGGAUGAAAAAGUUAAGAAGGAAGAAGACCAACCUGACAAAGAAGUCAGGGAAGAGAGCAAAACCAAAGCCCCGGAGAAACAGGUGCCCAGUGGCCCCAGCAAGCCCUCUGAUGGGCAAGCCAGAGCAGAAGAGGAAGCAGCUCCCAGCAUAUUUGAUGAACCUCUGGAGAAAGUGAAGAACAACGACCCAGAGAUGACGGAGGUGAAUGUCAACAACUCAGACUGCAUCACCAACGAGAUCCUGGUCCGCUUUACGGAGGCCCUGGAGUUCAACACUGUGGUGAAGGUGUUUGCCUUGGCCAAUACUCGGGCUGACGACCACGUGGCCUUUGCAAUUGCUAUCAUGUUAAAGGCCAAUAAGACCAUCACCAGCCUCAACCUGGACUCCAAUCACAUCACUGGCAAAGGCAUCCUGGCCAUCUUCCGGGCCCUCCUCCAGAACAACACGCUGACAGAGCUGCGCUUUCACAACCAGAGGCACAUCUGUGGGGGCAAGACUGAGAUGGAGAUCGCCAAGCUGCUCAAGGAGAACACCACCCUGCUCAAGCUAGGCUACCAUUUUGAGCUGGCAGGACCCCGGAUGACUGUCACCAAUCUGCUCAGCAGAAACAUGGACAAGCAGAGACAGAAACGGCUGCAAGAGCAAAAGCAGGCCCAGGAAGCCAGCGGAGAGAAGAAGGACCGGCUGGAGGUACCCAAGUGCGGGGCCCUGGCCAAGGGCUCCCCCAAACCUUCACCCCAGCCGUCUCCAAAGCCUGCUCCAAAGAACUCACCCAAGAAAGCAGGUGUUCCAGCAGCCCCGCCUCCCCCUCCCCCUCCACUGGCUCCACCCCUUAUCAUGGAGAACCUAAAGAACUCACUCUCACCAGCUACCCAGAGGAAGAUGGGAGACAAAGUGCUCCCUGCCCAGGAGAAGAACUCGCGUGACCAGCUCCUGGCUGCCAUCCGUUCUAGCAACCUUAAGCAGCUGAAGAAGGUUGAGGUGCCCAAGCUGCUUCAAUAGGACAGGCAGCCGGGCAUUGGUACCAAUGCCAUGACUGCCCAGACUCUUGUCCCAGGGCUACACAGACCCCGCCACCCCACCCUGGCUGAGCUGUUGCAGCUGUCCCUGUCCACCAUGGGAGAGCUCGAAACCUGGACCACGCUCGAGGGAGGACACCUCAUCUCUUCUCCCUUUCCUUUUCUUGUCUCUGAGGCCCUUCAAAAAUUGCUUUGAAACCUGGAGCUGAAGUGUCCGGACAAGAGGAGUCCUUUAAGCACGUCACAGAGAAGAUGGCACUGCCCAGAGCCCAUGUAGCAGGCAUGCUGCCAAAGGCUUAUGAUGCAGAAAAGAUGUCUCCCAGGGACCACAUUUGGACCCCAGCCUCACUGUCCCCAGGGCUAGGAUUCAGGUCUCUGAGGAGCCCUUGGGCAAAGUUGCUGGGCCAGUGGUACUCUAUGGGACAGUGGUAGAAGGCUGGAGGGGAUGAAAGUCCAAAGGCAAAGUAAGAGGGCAAAGGAUGCUACAAACCCUCCACCUGAUAUGCCUGGGCAGCAGGCAUGGUUGGACAGUGCCUGAGAGAGGGUAGGCUCCAGAUGGGAGUAGAAAGACAGACAGACAGCAGCUGGACCUGAAGGGUUGAUGCCAAAGCAGACAUUUUCUUCACAUCACCUGCUGCUGUAUAAAUAGCUAUAUAUCUGUUUUUCCAUAAGAUUUUGAUAAUAUAUACAAACCUUUAGCUUCGA